AUCUGCCAUUAACCAAAAAGAAGAAGAAGAAGAAGGGGGGAAAAAAGAAAGAAUGGCAACGGGAGGAGAGCAAGGAGAUCGGGGCAGAGGAUCUUUCGUGGAUGUACUUGUGCAGGAGCUAGUUGUGUUGUUAAAGGAUUUCAUCUGGAGGAGGCUGGAACGGCAUGGAAUCCGUGAUGCUCUCAGGAUCCGGGAGGAGGUGGGUCCAGUGGAACUCCGCAGCCCGCGUCAGGAAGAAGUCUCUGAGACUCUCCAGCUGAUUGGAGAUCAAGUGGAUGGAGAUGCACAGCUACAAAGGAUAUUGAACGACCCAUUAUUCGUUCCUUCGAAAGAGGCGUUCAUGAAAGUCGUCCUCGCAAUCUUUUCGGACGGUAAAAUCAACUGGGGCAGGGUGGUUAUGGUGUUCUGCUUUGCCUGCUUCCUUGUUAUGAGAGCACAUGAAAAAAAAAUUUGUGACAUGAUCAGAGACAUAAUAAAAUGGACCAUUGAUUAUUUCCGGGAAAAGGUGAUCAACUGGAUAAGGGAGCAAGGUGGCUGGGAGGGAAUUCUUUCCCAAGUCAGCACUCCAACGUGGCAAACGGUGAUGGUUUUCCUGGCUGGCGUCCUCACCGCCCUUUUUGUCAUGAAAAUGAAGUGAGGGGCGUACAAAGAGCUGCCCGGAGAAGCGUGAAAAACAGCAACAGAGUAAACGAGUCAAACAAGAGGAACACGUAUACAGAGAAUUGUGGCUUGUCUCCCAUUUGAGUGUGAUAUUGUGAUUGGACUUGAAGUGCUCCUGUUUGCACGCACAGUAUCAAAGGGACAGGAAGGAUUCUGCACUUAAACAAAGAAAUCAUCAUCAUCUUUACUUGAACAAACACUGUUUCUACGGAUGCUUGAAACCCAUUUUGUUUUUCUUUAUUUUACAUUUUUCAUAGUGCUUUUAUGUGCACUUUAAGGCAAAUGCCUUAAACCGACUGGCACCUUGUUCCAAUUAGUUUCAUGGGACAUCCCUGUCCUGUCCCCUCUCUGAAGCGUACAGUCACUGACGUCUUGUGAGUUUGUACGCUAAGCACUUAGCCAGUUACCUAAAUACAAGUAAAAACAUUGUGAAAAAGUUAUUCUCUUGACACUCAUCCAUCUUUUCCCAUGGGUUGUCUGACUGGUUGAACCAGUAAUGGAGGACACCUGAAACUGUAAUUAAGGCAGUUCUUCAGAUUUUUUUUCCUGUCCAAAGAUAGCUGUUGACAUUGUGUCUAGCAGACGUUGCAGCACAACAACAACGCCCUUUUCUGAACCUGAUGCUGCUAAUGAGCCCGUUGUCACCCUGUGCCAGAAAGUCGAUUAGAAAUUCUCUCAUUUGCAAAUUUGGAAGGUAUUAAUACAAAUAAAGCCAAUGUUUGAAGGUAUUUUCUGCACCACCUUGCACAUCAUGCUUUAAUAUCAUCUUGUGUAAUUAUCAACACAUGAUGUAUUAAUUGGUAACAGCUUACCAGCAUAAUCUCUAGUUGUUGCCAGUGAAGCCAUGACUAUAGAAACGUAAAUGUGCCAAGCAGGAAGUUGGCUCAGGACUCUGGACGUUUCCAUUGUCAGUUCAUUACCAAUACUUCUAAACUCUCGAGUGUUAACAAAAAGUAUAUUACAAGAGUGCCUUAUAGUAACUUUAGGUUAACUUAAAAUAUUAAUGUUUAGUUAGUAUAUGAUGCGAUUGUUGGAAUAAACGUUCCAUAAAGUAAUCUGUAGAACCUAUAUAAGGUUAGUAUGUAACUCACUGUACAUUAUACUCUCUGUUAACCAGCAGUGUCCAACUCUUGUUGUUGAACAAUCCAUUAUCUCAUGAUAAUCACGUCAUUAUCUCAAGAAAACAGUUCUUGUUUUCUCGUGAUAAGGAGAUAGUCGUGUCAUUAUCUCGAGAAAACAAUGUAAAAGAAAACAUUUGAAUACGUCCGCUCUCAGGUUCCGUAACAAUCAACUUUUGAUGAACAUAUUACAUGUUUUUUGUUUUUGGAGGGUUAUGUCAAUCUCCAUGAAGUUAUGAACGAAAUGUGUCAUGAAGUCAUAUUUGCUUAGUGUUAUGAAAGAGUUUGUACAGCAAACCAAGAUGUGUUUUUCCUCUAAGGCACAAAACAUUUUGAAAGUGA